ACCUUCAGUCAAUUUAAUUUAUUGUCACUUCUAAUCACUGAUUCUGAUGCGGAAAGGAAAAAAGCAAAAGGGAAAAACCAUGCAUUGCUUCUGCAAAGCCUCUCCUCCCACCACAGGUUACGCUGGGUCCCCUUGGCAAGGUGGUGGGUGGUGCAGGAGCUUGGGCUUGUGAAUGGUGAUAUUUUUGUGCUGUUCUCUUUGCAGCUUAGUAUCAGUAUCACAGAAAAAAUUGUGUAAUUGUUUGUGUCCUCGUGUAUUGUCAGAUUCACCAAAGGAGAGGCAGUAACACCAGUGAAGUGGUUUCAACGCUGUUCUUAAUUUUGCCUUCCUGUAUGAGCAGUGGGGGUUCAUCUUAUGUGCGAUUAUGCUUUCUUGAAGCAACUAAAUUAGGAGGUGCAUGCCUGGGCAGUGCUGGAGAGAGUUAGAGCUUUGUACUUGAUUUUGUGCCUUUUCCUUUCCAGCAGAGGAGCAGUAGCUGUGAUCUUACAUCUGAUACCUUUGUUACUUUGAGAGUUACUCUGUUGUUGUCAGAUGUGUGUUCUUAGGGUUGCCUGGCACAGACACUUUUUAUCACUGGCAUGACUGACUACAAAGUGUUUGUUUAAAUGCGUUUUCUCUCUAAUUAGAGCAAGGGGCAUUCUUGGAGCGCUGUUUUGUGACACAGAUUUUGCCAAACAUACAUGUGCUCUGGUCUGCCUACAUGGUUGCAGAGAAGGGUUACACUGAUUGGAACAUCUCAGUUGCAGGUUGUUCGCACAGAAGCUCCAUAUCUUAUCUCCAGGUGUCACUUAGAUGAUUACAUUACACUACACUACGUUAGCCAUUUUGUAAAGCACAGCGGGACAGGUGUGUAGAGUAACACAAGGCUGAAUACCCAACGCCUGCUCUGUGUGUGUUGGGGAAGGAUGGUACAUCAGACUACUACUUCAGUCUUGUGGACUGAAGGCGCAUAAUACAUAUUAAUGAACUGUAAUGUACCCACUUAUUAAUCUCCUUCCCUCUUUCUUCCAUCUCAGGAGUAGUUUUGCUACUUUAUAGUUGCAGUUAUCUUUAAAAAUAGCUAUAGAAGUUAUGAUCUAAAUGUGACUAAAUUACUUUUUUUUUAUAGAUAAGAACAACUAACAGUAUCUGUGAUAAGGGAGCAUUAGCAACAAAGAAAGCAAGGAAGUUUAACCCUAGUGAUCUAAAUGUGACUUCUGUUUGUUUCUGCCAGUGUAAUGGAAACAUCUGAUUGGGUUGCUUACAGCUGGGUGACAAGGCAGAGGGCAUCAGCCACCCACUUGGGUGCCUCUGAAAUCACCAUCAGUUUAGCUGUGCAGAACAGCCAUGGAUUUCAUUCUGCUGUUUUGGUUUGUGCCUGUGAUCUCAGAGUAGCUGCCCAGAACUGGACAUGGGCAGCAGAGACAGACAGAUGGCUGCUGAGCUUGUGCUUGCUGUAUGUGAACAGGAUGGAGCUGCUUUUGUCCCAUGUUGUGUGGAGGGACAGGGGCGGUGACUCCUACCUCACCAGCCACAAUACCUUGGGGGGGACAGGAGUCCAGGGACCAUGAGAAUGAAUCCAAUUUCCUGUAUCAGACUGAGCUAAACAAGCCUCAAGGAAUAGGUUCACCUAGUGUCUACCACGCUGUUAUAGUGAUCUUCUUGGAGUUUUUUGCUUGGGGACUCCUGACAGCACCCACUCUGGUGGUUUUGCAUGAAACCUUCCCAAAACACACAUUUCUAAUGAAUGGUCUAAUUCAAGGAGUAAAGGGCUUGUUAUCGUUCCUCAGUGCCCCGCUCAUAGGUGCCCUGUCUGAUGUGUGGGGACGGAAGUCCUUCUUGCUGCUAACAGUAUUUUUCACCUGUGCACCAAUACCACUUAUGAAGAUCAGCCCAUGGUGGUACUUUGCUGUUAUCUCUGUCUCUGGAGUUUUUGCGGUGACAUUUUCUGUGGUUUUUGCGUAUGUAGCAGACAUAACCCAAGAACAUGAGAGAAGCAUGGCCUAUGGUUUGGUUUCAGCAACUUUUGCGGCAAGUUUAGUGACCAGCCCUGCUAUUGGUGCCUAUCUUGGUCGAGUCUACGGAGACAGCCUGGUUGUGGUCCUGGCUACAGCAAUAGCCUUGUUAGACAUUUGUUUUAUUCUUGUUGCUGUACCAGAAUCGCUGCCAGAGAAGAUGAGGCCAGCAUCCUGGGGAGCACCCAUCUCGUGGGAACAGGCCGACCCUUUUGCAUCACUGAAGAAAGUUGGCCAGGACUCGAUUGUGCUGCUAAUCUGCAUAACAGUCUUUCUUUCCUACCUCCCAGAGGCAGGUCAAUAUUCCAGCUUCUUCCUAUACCUCAGACAGAUAAUGGGAUUUUCAUCUGAAAGUGUUGCAGCAUUUAUAGCAGUCCUAGGGAUUCUUUCCAUUAUUGCCCAGACAAUAGUUUUGAGUUUACUUAUGCGGUCCAUUGGAAAUAAAAAUACCAUCCUCCUGGGCCUAGGAUUUCAAAUACUACAACUGGCGUGGUAUGGCUUCGGAUCAGAACCAUGGAUGAUGUGGGCAGCCGGAGCUGUUGCAGCCAUGUCCAGUAUUACCUUCCCAGCUGUAAGUGCCCUGGUGUCACGAACUGCUGACGCUGACCAACAGGGUGUUGUUCAAGGGAUGAUAACAGGAAUUAGAGGACUCUGUAAUGGUUUGGGACCAGCACUUUAUGGUUUUAUAUUCUAUAUAUUUCAUGUUGAACUGAAUGAACUCCCCAUGCCCGAGUCACCAUCAGGAGGUGGUGUGGUCACACAAUACCAUUUACAACAGAACUCUAUAAUUCCUGGACCCCCAUUCUUGUUUGGAGCGUGCUCUGUGCUCUUGGCACUACUUGUUGCCUUGUUUAUUCCUGAACACACAAACCUAAAUGUACGAUCCAGCAACUGGAAGAAACACUGUGGUAGCCAUGGCCACCCCCACAGUCCACAAGCUCCUGGUGAAGCUAAAGAACCAUUAUUGCAAGACACAAAUGUAUGACAAAAAUCCAGAAAGACCUUAUAGACUUUUUUUUUUCCAUCAGCAGUUUGGGAUACACAUUCCCAUUCCAUCCAAAAUGUAAUUUCUUAAGGUAAUCUUAAGAAGUAUCUUUCUGCAUGAACCCCAUAGGAAUUUUUUAAAAAGGAAGUUUCUCCAAAGAUGUUGCCAUUGAAUUAAAAAUUUGCUUUUAGAAGACAAACUGUUACAUACUUGUCUCUUGCCAUGAAAUACUUACUGUUACUUACUAAACCUUACAUUCUAGCUCAGAGAUAAAAAAAAAAAAAGAGUUGAGGCAUGAGCAUGUGUCCUUCUGUUUCCUUAAGGUGGUGAGCUUUAAUCUAGUCCUGCUAAGUCUCAAUGAGACAUACUAGCAUCUGUGUGGACCCAUUCAUUUUAAUGUAAAAUCUUGGGUCAGAUGAUUCAAAGCCUUAAUGUAAAUGUACUCAAGUAUGGAGAAGGUGAAUUGGUAUCAUUUAUUUUAAAAGUCAUAUGGCAGGUUUUUUUAAGUUUGUACUAAUACAACAAUCACAUGAGCACGCUUGCUGAAUAGUAAGAGUUAUUUUUAUGUAAGUGCAUUUACUCUUUCUAUUUUUGAAUAAACGGUAGUAUCAAACACUUGUUCAAAUAUUAGGUGGGUGUUUUGAGCCUAUAAAUUUUAAUAUUGGCUCUAAAACUCCGCUUUCCUAAGUACCGUUUAUUAUACCACUAUAUUUCUGACGUUUGCAUAAUCAUAAAGGACCUCAAAACUUGAAUCCAGACUGAAAUAUAAGCUGAUAGCCUUGAAUAUGUCCGUGUGCUAUAUAGUGGCCUUUGAGGACUGUCACAAUAACCCUUUUGCAGUACAGAGCUAAUGUUUUAGUCCUAAAUUUUCAGGACCCUUAGUACAGAAGAGAGCUUUAUACAAUUACUGAUGUGAAUUUCUCUAAAAGUGUAUAUUUUUGUGUCCAGUUGUAUUAUUUAAGUGUUCCUUUGUAUAAAUUUGUGUAUAAAGUAUUGUAUAGGUUUAAAAUGUUUUCAUCUUGUGGUUAUUGCUUAAUGCUUUUUUACCUUUGAACAUUCACCAUGGUUGACCAAGAGCAGGAAAAAAUAUGUAAAUAUACUGUUAAUAAAGUUGAAUAUUUUAAUGAA